AUGUCUUGUUCAAUAUUUAGGCGUUACUCGAAAGGUCGUCGAUUUUUAUACGAAAGUGAGGUACAACAACUUUCCCAGUGCGAAGAAAAUGACAAACGAAAGGUAAUUUCAAGCAUCCCAGUCGAUAAUAACUAUCGAGCCUCCCUUGCGAAAACGUCCAAUCUAAACGAAACGCUUUCUAAACUGCAAGAGUUUGGCACGGGCGUUUGCCGGAUUGAAGUUACUCAUACGGAUGGCCUUGGGUACGUUGGAACCGGAUUUCAUUUUGGUGAUGGAUGGAUUGUGACAGCCGCUCAUGUCCUUCGAAAUCGCGAUAAAGUUAACAAGGCAAUAUUUGUUUUCUUCCCGCCAAAAGGUGAAAUUUCGUUCGACGCAAGACCUCGCAGAGCUAUUAUUCAUCGCUUACUUCCCGUAGGUAGAAGGCCAGAUUAUCACAACAGGGACAUAGCUCUUGUCAAACUUGGCAUCCAAUAUAGCUAUGGGCGAAAGAAAAAUGAUAUAGAAGAAUGGGAAAUAGAUGAACAACAACUUCUCGAGCAAUUCAGCUUGUUCAAUUUCUCUUCACUUGUCGAAAAUGCGUUUAAUACCAAUGGUGAAGUCAAAUUCAGCUUGAGGUCCUCUGAUCCGCUUGCUGCCAUUCAUUUCGGCGGAAUUCAGGAUGGAUUCAAGAAAUUUGCAUUCGACAUGGCAGUAGAUGAGAUGUACAAGAACAUGCCGUUUAAAGUGAUCAACUUUGCUUUUUCUGUUGGAAGUGGAGCAUCAGGCUGCCCUUUGAUUCAGCUCGUGAAUAGGAGAUGGAUCCUCCUGGGUGUGAUGUUUGGAGGUGUGUCUCACGAAGAUGAGCAAAGUUCAUUGAUCACAGGUCAAGCAUUGCUGUGGGACCAAGAGGUUCUUCAACACAUAGAAGCUGGUUUGAAAAACAUUUCCAAGAUGUCAACAUUCAAGUCUUACGAUGUGCUUAUUCCAUUCUCCGAGAGAGCCCAGCUACUACAUGAAACAAACGUCAAGGAAGUCGCAGAUCUGGCGGUGGAACACCGCAUCUUAAUUGUGUAAUUCAUGCGUGCAACUCUUUUCGCGUAACUGUGGGACAGAGAAAAAGAGUAUAAAACAAAUAGUUUUUAUUUGUAUGAUCCGUUCUUGAACAUGAUGAUCUGUUAUUUAGUCCAGUCUAAUUCACCUUUACUUUGAGUAAAAACGUUAUUAAAUCAAGGUAGCUCUAAGUUAGAACGCCCUAUUAGCGUAAUAUUUUGGAGACAAAUGUAAUUUCGACACAAAGAUAGGUUGAAACUUGAAGAACCACGAAAACAGGCACAAGAAAAUAAGUAAUUAUAAUAAAAAAAUACCAACUUGGGCACAGCUUUUUAUGAAACUUAGACAAGAAACACUGAUACAUUUAAAGUACCCCACUGUGAGAACAUCAAUUAACGGCACGCGCACGAGUAGCUGUUAGAAAACCAAACCAUACUACCUUGUUGUGUUUGUUAUCGUCUAGAUGUUUUUUAAACCGUAAAUUACAAUUUAUUUGGCUGUCCGCUAUGAUCUUCGUCGAUCCUUAGCGCCUGCGUUCGUGUUAAUUAACUUUGUGGGAGGUAGGCUCCUGGAGGUACCUAUUCUCAAGCAGAGAUUUGUGGUAGACCCUCUCUGUAAUACGGCAGACAUUUCUCGUCACACAAAGUAUAUCAAGAUAGAUUGCACACAGUCCUUGUGUUUUAAUCUAUUUUUCAUUUCAACAUAUACAAACGACCCAGAUAGGAUAAACACUCGAAACAUAGGGGAUUUAACUGCAUCGCAACCGCUUCGCGGCUCGCUCUCUCUUUUGCGAAGAACAAUUUCAAGAAAAACAUCUAGGACCAGGGUACCCUUGGUGAGCCAAGGUUUCAUACAUAUCCUCAGAAAAUAACAAGUUGAAGAAUUGUUUACAUGAGGAACGAAACUGAGCUCGCUUGGCUAGACGGUCAAGGCGGGACAAGCAAAGCUGCGCAAGUGCUACUGAGAAUCAAUUAGCUACUGUACACGUGAUGAAUGGGUGAUUCCUUUGUUUGUGCUCGUGCGCGUUAUUUUCAGCAUUUUUUCACGGAAACUGGCUCCAUUAUCUGUUAGUUAUGUUUGGGUAUCUAGCACUCAAUAGAUUACGGUUGUCGCCACAAAAUUUCAAUUCGAUUAAAACAGCCCAUCUAAUGUCCAAAAAAACUUGUGCGAGUGCCUCAAUAUAGAACCGCGUUUAAUUGUUUAAUUAAUUAAGUUUAAUGAUUAUUACGUCAUAAUUACAUUUCAUCCAUAGAUUCAGUGUACGCAGUAGAAAGCUACAGGGAGGUUUCGCUAUGAAGCCUUCCUUAGUACUCAGAGUAUUGUUGCUUGUAAUGCUGACAUUGAGUCAAAAUGCGGAGUGUCGCCCAAUAAAAGGUAAGCGUUCCUAGGAUUGUAAAUUAUAUAACAAAUAUAAUACGGAGUUGUUGUAAAAACGCAAGUGCGUUACAAUUAAUUACAGUAGCUGAUCUUGCUUUGUACGGACAAAUAGUCAAAAGUCAACUUUUGUCAUAUAUUGAUUGUGAGGAAUUUAUGAAAAAAAUAUGAAUAAAAUAUUUUGUUUGUUACGACCCUCUUAAAAUUGCAUUAUUUUUAGAGUGCAUCGUACUGAGUGACUGAUAUAGAACCUUAUAUCCAUAGUGCAGUACUACUUUUUAAGCCUUUUAAGUCUUUAUUGUCAGUAAAAAUACAUACCUAUAUUUACAUGUUUUGUAUUAUUAGUUAAAAAGUAAAAGUACAUUUAAAAUACAGUCUAUUAAUAAAAGCACUUGAACGGUGCUUGAAGUGUUGUCUAGUCCUGUUAAAUUCUAAACAAGCUGAACCCUUAUAGUUUACCUAAAAACUUAAAUUGUUCAAUUCUUAUAAAGUACGUCCAUUUACAGCGCCACAAGAUUUUGGAUCAACAAGUAUUAAACACGAGGAGGAGUAUUUUUCAAAAGGGGAGCUCAUUAAUGCACCAGAUUCUGAGGAAUCUUUUUCCUUCCAAGACACGAAAAAAGCGGAAGUUCAAGAGAUGACUGCAGAGGGAUCUUCGUCAGGUCAAUAUGUAGCCUAAGUAACGUUUGAUUUGUGCAAAUUAUAUAAAAAUUAAGAAACUGGGAAUAAACUGAACCAAGGCUCAGCUACAACUCUGUAAUUCACAAUCAAACAAUAAAAAACAAGCCUUGCACUGAACAAAUUUUUUCGAUACUCAACUCAAAAUUACACAAAGUUGAUACGCAUGCACACCUAUCGGCAGAGUGCUCAAUAGAAGAACUAGAGCGUGAUAAAACGAUGUGAUCUGAUCAAUGUAAGAUCUGAUUUGGUAUCUACUACUAACUAGUUUCGUACCGCACACUGAACAUGUGCGGCACUCCUCCUCAGAUAAAAUCAGUGCCAAACUCAAUAUCUCUCUAAAUUAUCCCACCAUACUUUUCGCGGUUGGAGAACCAUAUAUAGCUGCUCAUUACGAAACUUACUUUGAUAAUUUUUGUGCCUAUGGGCUCCUUCGAGGUCCGUUGAAAUCAGAUUAAUUUUUUAAGAUAAAAAAGUAAAGGCUACAAAAAUAUUUCAUAGAAACUAUUCUUAUAGGUGAGAGGGGUGAGAGUCAGCUAAAAAACUUCCUUAGAUUGUCCACACAGAGUCGACGGAGUCUUAAGUUUACCUGUCCAUCAUCGUUUAACACUGUGAAGGCGACUCAUACCCCGUAAUAUUGUAUGAUACUUGAACAAGUUAUUUCUUAUUACAAAUUAAAUUCCUUUUUAAAUUGAACGUUUAGGAGAUGAACUUGAAGAUACGGAGACUGCAGCUGAUGCUCAAAAGAGCAAAAAACAAAAGUCAACAGGAAGAGUUAAUGUUGAAAUUAUUGACAGACCAAAAGAACUGAAAGUUUUUGUGAACAGAUCUCCGUCGAGCAAAAAGAAAUCUGCUACAAAAGAAGGGAAGAAAGGCUGGGAAAAUGUUCAACUUGAAAUGUUGAAAGAAGGAAAGAAAACAUCGGUUGAUGAGGAAGGUGAGUCAACAUAGAAACGUUGUUUUUUUGGUUUUUAUCCGUGAUCUAGUAACCCAGCUUGAGGGGGGGGAGGGGGUACUCUCUAUAGCGGCCUUUACUGGGAGGCUCCACCCCAAAGGGGUACCUUUUUCAGGUAUAUGAAAGGGUUGGAGUUUCACUAGUUAAAGUACAUGAAAGGGUAGGAAAAUCCGUCAUUUCGGUCAGUAAAAAGGCCCAGAAGGGCUAACAGCUGCAUUUCAUUUUAUGGCUACGUGGAAGUCGAAAAAAGGUUCUGGUUUUGUGGUUUAUUCAUAUUUAAAAGACAAUACAUUUGAGCAGUUAAGAGGGGUGAAAGGGAUACCAUUUGUCAAUAGAAGGUAUAAGAAAGGGGUACCUUUUUUGUCAAAAAUGCUAUAUAAAAGGGUGAGGGGUUAGACCGCAGUACCAACGGGUCUUGUACCAAGAGAUAAAACGCGGAAUCAUAUCUGUUCACAUGUUGUAGCUUGUUCUGUUCCAAUAAACGACGUAAACUUUUGACAAUUUAAAUAGUUGAAGUGUAUUUUGGAGACACCUUCAUAAACGCGUUUUGAAGUGUCCUGCGUCACGUGAUUAAACAAGACAUGUACCAAAAUUUUUGAAAUCCAAUCUUUCUCAAUUCCUACAUAACCAAAGAGAAAUGUAAACCCUUUCCAAUUUUUCAAUGGGGCGAACGAACUCAAGACCUAGAAUAGCCCAAGUUUCUGUGAGUUUUUUAAUUCUAUCUGAUAUGGCUCCAUUUUGACAAAAAACGUCCAAAACAGUGAGUAUUUUUUAGAGUUCCAUCAUAACUAUUUUUGUUGGUCUAGACUUGGAUGCUAUGUUUGCUGCCGAAAGUGAAAAGUAUAAUAAAGAAGAUUUGGAUGAUGAGGAUGAGUUCGAUGAUGACAGUGGAGAUGACGCAAGCACGGAUUUCGUGAACUCUCCUGCCAUGUCACGUGAUGACGGUCAUCACAAGAGACUCAACAGAUUUCGGCAUGCUCAUCAUCAUCAAAGAAAGAGACCUGAGUCGAGUUCAAGUGGGCUUGGUAUCCUGUGGUCGCUGGUCGUUAUUGCCGUGGUGUUUCUGGUUAUUGCAGUUGUGUUCCUUCACAGGUAACAUACCGAUAAAUUUGUAACAGAUUUGGAGGGAAAGAAAAUUUUAUAACCCUCAAAGCAGAUUAUUUUCCAGUUGAUUUUUGAAUUGAAUGAAGCAGUUUGACUUUAUCAUCAUUCGUCCUAAGCAGACAAGGAGGCCACCAGGCUAAGAAGGACAAGGCUAUGCUGCACAGACAUCCUAUCAUUAAACGAAAUCAUCUCGGUAGUUUUGUACUCCUGCGUGAGGGCCCUCACAACGAAAAUGGAAAAAGAGAAAGUUGGGAAGGUGAUUUGUACUGGAAAAUCCCCUCUUCCCCCCACCCCUUUACCUGCUUCAAACACCUUCCACGAUCCAGUACAGUAACUAUAACAUAAAUUUUGUUGAGACUGGUAGCGAACUAUCACCCUGCUGUAAUUAAUAGACUGUAAAACUAGUUACAAAACGUCAGCCUCCCUCCCUCCUCCGAAAAGGAGGACUUAUUCUCAGGCUACCCCACUUCUUUGUUUCUGCUGUUCUGCCUCUAGUUCAACCGAGGGCAACAGUAUUACAAAUAGAGCAAAUAACAAGAUAAAAUUGUAAAAGUCAUCAUAAUGUACUUACAGAUGUUGCACUCGUGGAAAAAUGCGAGAAGAUGUGGAGCUGGAAUCUAUUAAGGUGGAGGACAAUCGGGAUGAUGCAAUAAAAGAAGCACGCAUGAAGGUUGGCAAGAGAAAAUCCAUGGAGAAUCGUAAGGUACUGAGGAAGCAAAGUAUGGAUCAGGGAGCCACAACUGUUGAGGAGGAGCUGGCCAUCGCUUGCUCAAUUAUUUCCCCGAGCAUGGAGACACGAAGACGGAACUCUGAAGCUUUGCAUACCAGAGCGGUGAGAACUUCUACAACAUCAUGAAUAAAAAUCUCUUAAAACCUUUAGCUAAGGUCCGGCGGCGGUACGUUGGGGGACACCAAGUAUUGUCUGCAAGGACGUAAAAUAUUUUUUAAAUCUCAAGUAAUAUUUUACUUUCAGUUUUUUACGCUGCUUGGAUUAUUGUACAAAUUUUCUGCUUUCUUAUUGACAGAGUGUGCGCGCAGCUACUUCUCGCCGCAACAGUACCUUCGAGGAGGACCUGGUGAAAGCUUGUGCUGAGUUUGAGCAUGCUCCUACAAAGUUUGCCCAGCUUGUCAGUCAAGCAGGAGAUGAGAAAGACAAUGAGGCAAGAAAGGGCAACGAGAAAACCGAAGACAAGUCAGUGGAUGAUACCCCUGCUGAUGUUGACUUCGAAUAA